AAUGGAGAAGGUGUUGCGCAAGUGUGGAAACAUUGUUGUAUUGUGUAUUGACAUACAACUGGUGAUGUGUGUUUCUAUGUUUCGUGUAAUAUAGUAAUUUCUUGUAUCUCUUGUGUGUCAACGCAGACCGUUGGUUUUGCCGGUGGAAAGUGUUUUAUAAUAUUGUUUAACACAGUGUUGUGAAACAUUCAAACAGUGAGAGAAAAUGUGAAGUUGAUAAUAACUGUGUGGUUUGUUAGUAAACUACAGUUACAACUAGUUUACAAACACCUUGUACUGUCGGAACAGCCAGCUGGUACUUGCUUUUAUUUGUAUUUACAAAAUGCAGCGUUUCGAUACUUGAUGCUGUUCAUAACAGCGUGUUCUUUUGUGAUUACGUGCAGCGAAUGGAAUUACCAAUGGGUGAUCGCGUGUAUGCAGCUGAGAGGAUUAUGAGGAAGAGACUGAGAAAGGGUCGUGUUGAAUAUUUCGUGAAGUGGAAAGGAUGGAGUCAAAGACACAGCACAUGGGAGCCAGAAGAGAAUAUUCUCGACAGACGUCUUAUUGAAAUAUUUGAACAGAGUCAGAGAGCAGAUGCAGCUGCCAGACGGCCAGGUCGCAGAAGAGACAUGCGAUACCAACUGUUGAACCAAGAACUUGCAACACCUCCAGAAACAACUGCUCCUGACAGCACAGUUACUGCAGCAGCUACUACAGAUGCUACGACACUUGACGCUGAAAUGGGAAUGGAUCCAGCAGGUGGUCCUGAGCCUGGCAUUGAUACAAAUCCUGAACUGGAGGCAGUUCAAUUACCUCCUGCUGAAGAUAGCACAACCCAGAUUACUUCUGAUGUCCCAGGGCCUGUACCUGUGGACACUGUGGAUCCCGAACCAACAGUAACUGUUGGAGAUUUGAAUGAAGCAGCCAGUGAACCCGUAGAAGUGUCCGAACCAGCAGUAAUUGCCCAGGUGAAGACGACACGUCCUCAUACUCCCAUUCCCACACCUGCAGUUCAGGAUGCAGUAGAGACAAACACUGCUGCAACUGUGGAAGAUGCAAUUGCCACGUCACCUCGAUGUGACACUGGCACAAAACGAAAAGCAGAAGUACUGUCCCAGGAGUCGGGCAAAAUUGGGGUCACAAUUACUACAAGCUGUGCAUCACCUGUCUCCAAAGCACCUCGUCUUGGUUCACCACCACUUCCCUCGCCACAGCCUAUUUCUGCCAGAAGGGCAUCACAGGGCUCCCCAUGUGCUGGUCAGGCCCCACCUGCCUCUGGUUCACCGCCUCCUCCAACACUGAUUACUCCACCAAGUCCCAAGGUGGGAGUCACCACCCUCAUUGCACCAGAGCUCUCACCAGCUCAGGUGAACAAUGUGAAAAAUGCAGACUCCCAGACAGACACAGGCAGCAGCCAUGUCUCACCUAUCACAGAAAUAUCAACAGAGGGCCCUGGGAAUACAGUAGAAGAGCAAAGCGUAAAGGCAUCUCGUGCACCUGUUAUUCCAAGUGCUCGCUAUUGGCAAACAGUGAAUCCAGUGGCGGAUCAGGUAUUCAUCACUGAUGUCACAGUCAAUCUGAAGACUGUUACAAUCCGGGAGUGUAAAACAGAAAAGGGUUUCUUUCGUAAGCGUGAUGAGUCAAAUUCUAGUGAUGUAACGUGACUUGACAUGGUGUACUUUAAAUUUGAUGCCUACUGGCUCUUGAAAUGUUGGUUGAUGUAGGGAGAACAGUGAAGAAGUUUGUGGCAUGAUGACAUUCAACACUAACCAAUAAUGUCACUGUAUCUUUGAGAUAUGCAAGUACAUAUAAAUUGAAGUGUCACCUUACAUUUAUAGUCACAUGGAAUACGAAAACAUAUUUUUGCUAGGAAAUUGUAUGUUUAUUGAGAUUAUAUCAAUAAAACUGGCAUUGAGAUCCACAA